AUGCUGUGUUUCGUUGCAUGUUUAAGUUGUUAUAUGCAUUCUCAACAACAUCAACGACAUGUUCAUGUUAGUUGCAUUAAUUCGAAUCCGACAAGUAUUACAAGUUCCCAUCAACUACAGGCUCUUCGAGGUUCAGUGCGAGUCAUUUAUAUGCGAUCUAUGAAUAAUGUUGGUGUCGCACCACAAUCUCAAGUAUUUCCUAGUAUAUAUGAAGCUCCACCUCCAUCUUACGAAGUAGCAACUGGCAAUCUCCCAUCAAUAUAUCAAUCACCACCACCUCCACCAGUCACAGCACAUGUUGAAUAA